AGGAUGCAGACAGUUUUGACGACUUGUUCAUCGAAUAUGAUUUUGACAGUGUAAUUGAGACAUACAACUGGCUCUAUGAAUAUUUUAACUACACUGAGGACAACAUCACCAUAAAUGUGGAAAACCCAUUCCAACACAAACCAGCUUGCAGCGAAGAAGGCAUGUGUGUGUCUCUGGCUGUAAUCUAUGUGGUCAUUUUCCUGCUGGGCUUUUUUGGGAACAUGCUGGUCAUUUGGAUCUCUGGCUUUAAGAUGAGGAAGACAGUGAACACCACUUGGUACCUGAGCCUUGCAAUCUCUGACUUCCUCUUCUGUGUCUUCCUGCCAUUUAACAUUGCCAACUUAGUGAUGAAAGAGUGGAUCUUCGGUCUCUUCAUGUGCAAGUUUACAUCUUCUGCAUUAUUCAUUAACAUGUUCAGCAGCAUCUUCCUCCUCGUCGUCAUAAGCGUGGACCGCUGUGUGUCUGUAAUGUUUCCAGUUUGGGCCCAAAACCACAGAUCUGUUCAAAAGGCAUCAGCUGUGGUUGUGUUUUCUUGGCUUCUUGCCAUCAGACUGAGCAUCCCCUCCAUGAUUGAUCGGGAUGUACAUGUUGGGAGUGAUGGCAGGCACACUUGCAGCAACAAUUACACCUCAAAACAAAAUCACCAGGCUGUUGCCUUUACCCGUCUCAUUGCAGGUUUUGUGGUUCCUUUUAUCAUAAUUAUCAUCUGUUAUUCCAUCAUUAUCCUCAAACUCAAAAACAACAGGAUGACAAAAUCCUCCAAACCCUUCAAAGUAAUGACAAUGCUCAUUGCUGCAUUUUUCGUCUGCUGGCUGCCGUAUCACAUUUUUGUCUUACUUGAGCUGAACCCUCAUAAGCAUGACUUCUAUAUUUUAACCUCUGGACUCCAAAUGGGCUCAAUUUUAGCAUCAGCUAACAGCUUCCUUAACCCAUUGCUCUACGUCUUCAUGGGAAACGACUUCAAGCAGAAGUUCAAGAGCUCUGUACUCUCCAAGAUGGAGAAUGCAAUGAUCGAUGAAGGCCGCACCACCAGCCGGUACCUGUCCAGGUCCAGCUCCAUGGACGGCAGAGCUUCUACACACAUUUAGAGGCAUUAGCUUACUGUUGAAGUGAUCAUUUAGUGGGUUUAAAUG